UUGAGAAAGGCCUGAACGAGAAAAAAGGACCUCAUCUUGCGCUGGGAUAUUAGCUUGAGCCACGAUAGUGAAGACGAGAUUAAUUCAUGCACUCCUAUCGAACGUACCAUAAUUCUUUUAUCGUUCUAUUAUGAUGGCGCAUGCUAAUCUGUGACAAUUACAAAAUGAUGGAACAAAAGGCUUAAAUAGGACCAUCUCUUCAAAUCUGGUGCUUGUUUUUCCCUCAUCGAAAACUCCCCGACAUCACUCACUAAUCUUUUAUCACACAUUCCUUACAAUGCGUUCCAACAUUUAUUCAAUCGUCUUGUUAGCCAUCACGGUCUCUUCGGCUCUUGGUGCAGCAGUCAAUGUAGAUCCUAGCGCCCUUGAAAGUUUGCAACAACUUCAAAACAUUGAGGGAUUGUCAGCCCGUCAAAUCGGUGAUGUUGCUAGUUUGGAAGAUCUCGGAGACCUUGCUAAUCUGAAUGACCUUGAAAACGUUGAACCAGUGCGAAAACGUCAAGACCUUGACGCAUUGUCACAAGUUGAUAGCAUUGAUAACGCAGUGGGCGCUGCUUCUCAAUUCAUCAAACGUACAGAAGAAUGCUCAACUUGUGGAACCGAUGGCAGCACUGAUUACAACGAUUCAGGCUCAACAACAAACACCAAUUACCCGAACAAUAAUGUGAACAACUCAGGUAGCAAUACCGGCAACAACUACUUUGGAAAUGUGGGCAAUAAUGCUUCUUACAGUGCAUCAAACACUGCUUCAAGCACCGACAACCACAAUCAAGUCAACAAUGUUUAUCCUGAAGUACCUGUGGUCGCAGAUGCUGACUGUGGUGCACCUUGCAUCUUUAAUGCAAACGCUGGUAUCUUGAGUGAAGUAAGCACAAACGGAUGUCCCGCUCAAGUUCAACCUGGUUAUACGCAAUGCAACACAGGUGUAACUGGCUCAACAACAGUCAACGGUAACAUCAUCAGUUGCAGUAAUAUCUAUUUGAGUUCAGAGAAUCAAUCUAACUUGAACAGCUGCAGUGUCCAACCAAGCAACUCUCAAUCCUUCAUCAACAUUUUGGCUCUUGAUUGCUCUCAAACCGGCCUUGCUAGUAUCUUUGGACAAAGUGCUAACAAUGCGUAAAUCUGUAUCCAAUCAUACGCUUUCAGCUUUAUACUUUGCCCCUUUUUUUGCUUCAUGGACACAAAUGUUUUCCACUCUUACCCCUUCUUCCUUCGAUAAUUCUUUUCACAUUCUUCAGUAAUCCUUUUUUCUCGUUAAUUCUUCUUUCGAUUCAAUUUAUCAAUUUUUC